GUUAAUGGUCGAACUAUGCGUGGAGUAACGCGCGAGUCUGCUGUGCAACUGCUUCUAGCACUCGAUGACCAUGUUUCGCUACGACUGGAGCACGCUCGGCAGGAUUUUGAACAUGUGAGAAAUAGUCAGCUGGGAGACAACUUCUACAUCAGGUCGCAUUUCACUAAGGAGAAGAAAUCGAGUCCACUAGAACUAUCUGUGAGCGAUGGUGACAUUUUUCACGUAACGGAUACGUUGUUCGGCGGUACAGUAGGACUUUGGCAGGCAGCCAGAGUUUAUUCUGCCAACGCUAACAAAGGAGAGCCACCGAAAGGAGUGAUUCCAAAUCAGUCAACAGCGGAAUCUAUUGCUCGUGAACAGCGUCGAUUAGGGGAAACUAAAGGACGUGGUACCUUGUUAAGGCGUAAACUCGAGUCUCGUGAAAGUCUACCAUCGUCAGAGAAAGAAAUGUUAGUCAGUUUACCCCUUUGCAGACCUGUCGUACUGUUCGGACCAUUAGCCGAUGUAGCCCGAUCUUAUCUGCUCAGUCAAUUCCCCAACCGAUUUGCUGAGCCAUCACCAAGUGACUACUGUGGUGGAGGAGGAGCUAGUGGUGGAGCCGGUGGUGGAGUGAUAAGACUUGCUGCUCUAGAUAGUGUAAUUGCAUCGGGAAAACACUGUGUAUUGGAUAUCAGCUUGGAAUCGGUUAGUUGGACGACCACUGUGGACGCUACGAAUGAGGAGGCUUGGUUUGAUGCACUCCGUGACCUUGUCAUCCAUCUCCAGCAACGUCGUCUGUGGAUGCCCGAGUUCCCACCAAAUUUACCCUUGGAAGAUGUGUUGCUGUUCCCAUUGUCUUCAAAAGGUGUGAAUUACGAUUCGGACAUGGAAUCAUCAAAGGGAGAUUAUGCUGAUUAUUCAAUUCGUAGAGAUGACAGCAUAUCUCGAGCUCCAAAUCCAAUGGCGAGGUCGAUCUAUGAUUGGGACAACAGCCAAUCGAUCACAUCAUCGAUCGACUCACCACACUCAAGUGAGCUCUCCCGUACUGCUCCAAAUCUCGGUUGGGUUACGUUGCCUCGACGCGGUGCCGAACGUGCUGUUGCCGAUGCACCUGCGAAACCGCAUCGUGGCAUGACCAACCCGGAUAUUCGUCCCACUAACUCGGAAAAGCGUGGCUCGUUACCUUUAUCAGCUAACAAUGGUGGACUGUCGGCCCAUACGUCUAGUAAUGAUGAUCAGCCUGUUUCACCAGCAAAGGAACCUUCUACUCAAAUGACGAACGGGCAUGAACCCCCAAAUGGUCGCCAACCGAGCUCACCAGGGUAUUAUCAUGUGAAGCAGGUGCCAUUACAACCACCAAAUCCUGAUAUGUACGCGCCUCGUGAAGAGAAACCACAGCAUCCACAAAUAUCUCCUUUCGCUAACCACCAGUCACCAGCUGAUGGUGGUCCGAAUCGUUUCGCACGAGGACCUCCACAACCUAUCAGUCGACCUUCGAUUGCACCGAAACCACAGCUGUUUACGGAUGGAGUUGUACGGAAUCGUUGGCAAGACAGUGUUACUCCAGAGCCAAUAUCUCGAAAUCUUGAUUCACCAAGUUUACUCUCUAACAGUCUGUCACUAGCACCACCUCCACGUUCGCAAGAGCAGCCGCGACCUAGUGGCUCAAACGAGCUGAGUAAUGGAAGCUCCUCCAACAACAAUGGAAUUGGCCAAACGUCUUUACAAGAAAGAAAUGGAAGUCGCAGCCCUAGAAAAGAAGAGGGAGCAACGCAUAAUGGGCAGGAAUCUGGGGAGGUGGAACCAAUGAUAGUAGAAGAAACAAAUGCGAUGAUUGGCAGUGAAGGUGGUGUACUUAAUUGUCCUGCUUCGGGAGUUGAACUACGAAUACCAAAAGGAGCAAUUCCAGCGGGGGAAAAACACGAAAUUUACGUGAAGGCGAGUUUCGUAAUUUGUUUAUUGACGUUACUCACACAGUUAAUUAUGGUCUGCUCUCUGCAUCUUUCCUUCUUGACUUUGUAUUAG